AUGUGGCAAUGCCUCCUCAUCAUCCUCAUCGUCCUCAGGCACUUCCGGCCGAUCCGCAGGCUCCGGGUCUUCCAGGGUUGCCAGCUACCGGUAGAGUCUCGCUUUUCCGUCGCUCCUUCAGCCGGCCCUGCCUUCCAGCGCGUGCGCAGUGACUGCGCCACGCCCCCGUCUUUUGCAGGUUGGACCUUGGAGAGGAUGGCAGUGAAACAGGUCCUGGGCCCCUGGUUCCUGAUCUACACCUGUGUCUGCUCUUGCAUCUGCUGGGGAGUCCCUGUCCCAGAGCAGCGAGCAGGGUCGAAGGCUGGGACAUUCACCUGCCUCAGCAACAGUCUUUUCAGGAUUGACUGCCACUGGUCAGCUCCUGAGCUGGGCCUGGAAUCCAGUGCCUGGCUUCUCUUUACCAGUAACCAGGUGGCUGACGUCAGGCACAGGUGUACCUUCGAGGACAGCGUGUGUACCCUCAUGCUGCCCCCCGAGGAGGUGUUGGUGCAGACCGACAACUUCACCAUCACUUUACACCGCUGUGUCAUGGGGCAGGAGCAGGUCAGCUUGGUGGACUCGCAGUUCCUGCCAUGGAGACAUGUUAAGCUGGAUCCCCCCUCGGAUUUGCAGAGCAAUGUGAGCUCUGGGCGCUGUGUCCUGACCUGGAGUAUCCAUUUUGCCCUGGAGCCCUGGAGUUCACUCCUUAGCUAUGAGCUGGCCUUCAAGAAGCAGGAAGAGGCCUGGGAGCAGGCCCGGCACAAGGACCGUAUAGUUGGGGUGACCUGGCUCAGCCUUGAAGCUGUUGAACUGAACCCUGGUUCCGUCUACGAGGCUAGACUGCGUGUCCAGAUGACUUUGUCAGAGGAGGAGGAUGACAUGGCAGAGGGGGAGUUUUAUAAGAGCCAUUGGAGUGAGUGGAGCCGGCCCGUGUCCUUUCCUUCUCCCCGGAGAUGGAGACAGGACCUCUUGCUGCCAUCCUGGCAGUGGUCGGACAGCGUCCUUGUUGCUGUGUCCAUCUUUCUCCUGCUGACCGGCCUUAUUCACCUUCUGUUCAAGCUGUCACCCAGGGUGAAGAGACUUGUCUACCAGAAUGUCCCCUCCCCAGAAGCAUUCUUCCAUCCUCUCUACAGUGUGUACAAUGGGGACUUCCAGACCUGGACAGGGGCCCACAGAGCCAGACCACAACCAAGACAGAAUGGUGUCAGCACUCCAUCAGGAGGCUCAGAGUCCAGCAUCUGGGAGGCCAUCACGACUCUCACCUACAGCCCAGCAUGCCCUGUGCAAUUUUCCAGCCUGAAAUGGGAAGGCACAGGUCCUGGCUUCCCAGGGCCUUCAAGCUUAGAGUAUGUGCUGCCAGCAGGGUGUGCAGAGUUGGAAGGACAGCCAUCUGCCUACCUACCCCAGGAGGGCUGGGCCCCUCUGGGCUCUGUUAGGCCCCCUCCUCUAGACUCAGACAGAGACAGCAGCGACUAUUGCAUCUUGGACUGCUGUGAGGAGCGCCACCCCUUAGCACUCCCAGGACACACCCAGAGCCCUGAGCUCCCACAGGCUCAGCCUGUGACCCUUGCUAUAUCCAUCAGGGCCUGACAUCUACCAAGGGAUGUGGGCGUUUUCCUCCCUCCGACCACGCUCAGUCUCGGCCUGUCUCAGCCGGGGGCACCAUGUCUAUUUUGGGGAGGUGAACGGAACUAAAGGCCUUGGGACUGGCCCUUGGGUGGGUGUGGAACUCCAGAGAGGAGGCAGCUGUGCACCGGUCAGAGGCCCUGUGGUUGGGAGCAGCAGGCUCUCAGUCACUGCUCUGCUCUGCCCCGCGGUGGGGAGGCCUCCACACUCAGCAUCUCGGCCUCAGGCUGCCUUCUCUCCUCUUUCUGCCUUUGCUGUGGUCCUGAAAAGAGGGUGUGACAGGCAGCCUGGUCUGCUCUCACACCCUUAAAGGGUUAGCCUGGGUCAAGGGGAUGCUGCGGAGAUGACAAGAGCAGGUGAACUGUCCUUUCUCUGUCCCUUCCCACUAGGACUGGAGAUAAUGUUUCUGACUGUUCCAGACCAUGGAUGGCUGGGGCUGGGGAGAAGGGUGGAGCUUUGAGCAAGUGGGGUUAUCCAUCCCCGAAAUCAACAGGAUGGAGUCUCACUGAAUGAUUCAAAGAAAUCUUACCCACCUGUAUUAAUUCCUUUUCUCGUUACUGUGAUAAACACCGUGACCAAAAGUGACUUAUAGAAGAAAGAGUUUAUGUUGGUUUAAGGUUCCAGAGGGAAGGAAUACAGCUUGGCAGCAGAAGCUCGGCAGCAAGUGGCAGGCAUGGCAGCGGGAGCAGGAAGAGCUCACAUCUUAACCAAAAGCAUGGAGCGGAGUGAACUGGAAGUGAUGCGUUAUUCCCCAAGCGAGGCUCCACCUCCUAAAGAUUCCACAACCUCCCUAAACACCGCCACCAGCCGGGGACCGAGUGAGUGUUCAAGGAUCCGAGCCUAUGAGGGACGUUCUCAUGCAAACCACCUCACCACCUCCCGUCCCGAACCUUCCACGGAGAAAGACUGAGGCGAGGGCCACUGUAGACUAUUCCCCAGCAGCUGUGGCCUGUGGGGGCACCCAUACCUCUACCACCUGUGGGGUGGUCCAGAGGGCAUGAUGGUAGCUAGAAUAUGACUGUUAUUUUCCUAGGCCUGCCCUAACAGAGAACCAGGAACUGGGUGGCUAACACUGGAGAUUUGUUUUCUCUCUGACUGAAGUUCAGGGCUCUGGAAUGGAGAUGCCAAGAAGGUCACGCUCCCCCAGAGGGAAGGGCUUGUUUCAAGUUUUGCUUCACAUCUAUUUCCUUUUGAGCCACCUCUUCCAUACUGAGACUAGAUGCUACCCCAGUGGCAGGGCAGAGCCUGCCUCAGACUCUGUGUGUGAACAGAGAUUUGUGAUCCGGUGGGCAGAAACUUAGGCUGAGCGGGUCGAUGCAUUUGUACAGAUUUGGGGCCUUAAAGCACUGACCCGACAGGAGUCCUCCUGAGACCUUGCUGUUUUUCAAAGGGCAAGCGUGGAAACAAUGGUAGUGUGAAGAUGAUUUCUGAGGAUGUAACAACGUGGAAGAGAUGGUCAAACUAUUGCAUGGUAGGCUCGGUGAGUGGGCGGGAAUGGUGCAGUGUGAGGGGUCAGAGCUGGUGUUCUGGGAGGGCUCACAAUGCUGACCCCAGGGCAAGUGAUGGCUGACAGGGUCAUCCAUGGCAUGAUGGCCUAGUUAGAACUGAGAGAGUUGGAGUCUUCCUCCAGUCCAGGUAGAGGAGAUUUAAUAUUUUAUCUUUUUAAUUUUAUUUUUAAAUUUAUCUUUCAUUUCAAUAAUUACCCUUUUUGUAUAGACACAGCAUAUACACCUACAUAAAUAUUAUUCUGGCCACUACCAUUCUCUCUCUCUCUCUCUCUCUCUCUCUCUCUCUCUC